CAGUUACGACAGUAACCGUUCGUUUGGCAAGUGACGCCUUUCUAACUGGCUGAAACCUAGCGUUGGAAAAUUGCUUUUUAAAACAGUGCCUGUGUUUGUUAGCCUUCUGUUUGGGAAGCUAGGCAGUUAGCAGGCUAGUGGUUAAUAACAAACGCAUCUCUGUAAAGUACAAGGUAGACAGAAAGGUGACGUUAGGUAUCCAACUAGCUCGCACUAGCUGUAAGUUAGCCAGCAGACUCACGGCUCUGGAUUUUUUUUACUGGUCACUUAACGUUACUUAAGCUCAGGCUGUGUGUACUUGUUAACCGCUAGCAAAUGUUUCUUCUCUCUUUAGGUCAGACUCAAAUGUCCUAUUUCAUCUCAGAACUAAAGUCAUCCAUGGUGCCAGGAAGUAGCCACCGUUUGCACAUCAGCUCAUAUAUAACCUGCCAUAAUGCCACUUGAAUAGGCACCGUUAGCUAGCUUACUUGGCUAGCUAGCGAAUGCUGGCUGGCAAAGAAGCUGUUUACCUCAAACCUGAUCUCCAGGAAUUCAGGAAGAAGACAUACCUAGCCAGCGAAUAAGGAAGUUAAUUUGUCAAGGUAGUUGAGUCCUCGGGGACGUCCAGUUCACUCGAAGCAAGCUCUGCACCUGGCAAGAUGACCACAGCCCGCUACCGGCCAACCUGGGACUUGGCCCUGGACCCGCUGGUGUCCUGUAAGCUCUGUCUAGGAGAGUUCCCCCUGGAGCAGAUGACCACCAUCACGCAGUGCCAAUGUGUGUUCUGUACACUGUGCCUGAAGCAGUAUGUGGAACUCCUGAUCAAAGAGGGCCUUGAAACUGCAAUUAGCUGUCCAGAUUCUGCCUGUCCAAAACGGGGACAUCUGCUGGAGAAUGAGAUUGAGUGUAUGGUUGCUACAGAGAUCAUGCAGAAGUACAGGAAGCUGCAGUUUGAGAGGGAGGUGCUGCUGGACCCGUGCCGAACCUGGUGCCCGUCCUCGACGUGCCAGGCGGUGUGCCAGCUGAAGGAGUCGGACGUGCCGCUGCCCCAGCUGGUCCAGUGCUCCGUCUGCAUGCUGGAGUUCUGCUCGGCCUGCAAGGCCAGCUGGCACCCAGACCAGGCCUGCCAGGAGAACCUGCCCAUCACCUCCUUCCUGCCCGGGGAGACCAGCUCCUUCUACAAGAGUGAUGAGGAUGACGCUCCGAUCAAGCGCUGUCCUAAGUGUAAAGUUUACAUCGAGCGAGACGAGGGCUGUGCCCAGAUGAUGUGCAAGAACUGCAAGCAUGCCUUCUGCUGGUACUGCCUGGAGUCACUCGAUGACGACUUCCUGCUGAUCCACUACGACAAAGGGCCGUGUCGCAACAAACUAGGCCACUCCAGGGCCUCGGUCAUCUGGCACAGAACGCAGGUCGUGGGCAUCUUCGCUGGGUUUGGGCUGCUCCUGUUGGUGGCGUCCCCCUUCCUGCUGUUGGCCACGCCCUUUGUGCUGUGCUGCAAGUGCAAGUGCAGCAAAGGCGACGACGACCCGCUGCCCACCUAACCCCCAGAGCCGCCGCCGCCCCCCAGAAUCACCCCUGACCCCGUCCCACGUAUAACUACCACCCCCCUCGUUUGUUCCUCCUUUUGGUUUACUCUUGCGCUCCAGCUUUUGAGCGUUUUCAUCGCCAGGGGCAGGUGGAGGAGGGAGGGGCAGAGAGAGAGAGAGAGAGACAGACAGUGUGAAAUCUGCGCCCUUUGAGAGCCUGUUUGUCUCGCAGUGGGAGAGGACGAUGGCACAGACCAAAAGAGGGCUGCUGUGGGCAGUCCAGGCCUCUGCUAGGGUGCAGGGCAGCACAGGCCCCCCCCCCUCCGGCGGCCGGCCACGGGAGCCGCUGGGAUUGGCCUGGCUGGGUGUCUGUUUUUGAGCCACUUCCUGGUCAGAGCUCCAGGAUGGUGGUUGGCUGGUUGGUCGGUGGGUUGGUUUGUCAUGUGAGUGGGGGGAGGAUGCACUGGAGUCCUCCCCCUUACCACACACACACACACACACACACACACGUACUCACACACACACACACACACCAUUAUCUCUUCUGUGUACUUCUUGUGUUCUUCACACUGAUGCUUUGGCAUGGAGAGCGCCUGCUCCGGAGGACUCUGCCUUUCAUUUCCCCCUGGGUGGGAGAACCUGUUCACACCUCCCCAAUGUAGCUCUUCACUCUCAUUGCCAGGAGGAAACAAACAAACUUUUAAAAAAAAACUCCAGUGUUCACUCUCUAUUGCACAGAAACUUUGGUCUUUGGUCACUUUAAGGGCGGAGGGAGUGAGUGUGAGCGGGAGAUUCGGGAGCGCUCCCCUGUACAGCACAGAGUGCCCUCACCUCUGUUUGAUGGCUUUAAUCUGUCCUGUCGUUGAGUUAGAAGCUGUUAAGGUUUGGCUUUUCUUUUUUUUUAUGUAAACAGUGAAUUGAAAUUGUGAUGUCAAAAAGCUUUUUUUUCAUGUGUCCCCUCUCCCCAUGUGAGGGAGGUUCCUUUCAUUGUGUGAGCUCACUUUAGAAAUAAGGAAAGGCUCGAGGAAAGCUUUACUGACUUUUGCUUAAAAUACCUUUCUUCUCUCCAAACAAACAACAAGGUCUAAUAACCCUGCUUUGAAUUAUGUUGUGAAGAAAAUUUGUGAAUGUUCAGUUUGUUUAGUUGAUUUGCCCGGAUUCCUCAAUGAGCUGUCGACAGUCAUCCCCGCUGAGGAGCAGCUUUCCCCAACAACACUUUAGCAUCUCCUUUUGACACUGUUCAAGUUCGGAGUUUCAGUAGAGACGAAUAACCAAUAUCGUUCUGUUUGUGGCAUGAGAUUGUCCCAGCUGUAUCUAUAUCCAAAAUACCUGUAUCCUAUAUUACUCCUGUAAAACUGACCACUGGUUGCAAACUUGCAUAGUGUAGUUUCAAAAGACAAGACAAGAAAAGACAAGAAAACCAAACAUGCUAACGGGAAGGGAGGGUGAGUAUUUCAAAAGGGCAACUUAUUGCUAAAUCUGGCAGGGAUACCAAAUGUUGAAAAACGAGACUGUUCACUUUUCAGAACACCCUUAUUUUGCUCCUGUACCCUAUCUAUGCAAGUUUGUUCCUCUCAACACUAUAAGUACACAUGAUCGUGAAUGUGUGGUUCAAUAAUGUGCGGUUCAAUAGAUAGUGAUCUCCGAGUUACGAAUAUACUGACCAACCUUGUGCCAUUGUGUCAUGCCGCUUGAGAUGUGAAAGUGGCUCGACUGCAGCGUGAUUUGGACAGGGCCCUUAGCCAAACUGUCCUUUAUCACUAGAGUCAUGCAUUGGAGCCAGAACACAUGUAGCCACCUGGGUUUCCUCUGUGCGUCUACCGUGAUGCAGCUCAGCCUAAACGGUUAUGUGCAGGGUUUUUUUCACAGUUCUGGUUUGUCCAGAGGGAAUAAGUGAGAUUGAGUGUAGACACUUGUAGCUCUGGAACGUGCCAUCCUUGGGUUUCCUGUCCUUUUGUUUUUCUACUGAUGUUGGACUAUACUUCAGAAUAAUCAUGGCGCUCAACAUUUCUUUUUUUUUUCCCCUCAAAUCUGUCUGGAUCAGUCUGGUCAUUUUCUCCAUGUAGCGAGGAGAGUCAUUUUUCUCCUCUCCAUUCUACCAGUCUUCUCACACCUUCUCACACACUUACCAACAUACACAAAUGCAUUAGCCUUACGUUUAAGCAUUUUACGCAUACUGUAGCCUUUAAACGAUGCUCUUUAUGUUUGUUGGGAGAUGCUAUAUUUUGACCCAUCAAGUCUCACCUUUUUUUUGUUUUUGUUUUGGAUCAAAAGAUUUGUCAUCUUUUUAUUUAAAGAUGGAUAUUUUGAACCCAAUCAAUGUAUGACAAUCGUGCCAAGCGGGUUUCCAAGCUGACGGUGAUGACGACAAAGAGCAGAAUGUGUGGGGCUUUACUGAGAAGGCUGCAUCACAGUAUGUACACGAUUUGGACUCUCGCCUCGGUUUAUUACGAGGUUUUGUUUUUUAAAGGGUCUGUUCCCUUUGAGUAUGUAAAUAUAUUCUUUCUUUAACUCUUCAUCUGUGGAGGAACUGUUCAUUUGAGAAACUAGUACUGAUGUCACAUUUCUGAGAUUCACUUAAUGGAAAGAAAAAUUUAAACGUGUUUUGUUUUUUUCUUUUGUUAUUUCAGGGUGGGGUGGGAAUGUUUGGGUAUAUGACUGUAUUAUUGAGGUAUGCUACACCCUAAGGUUAGUGGUGUUCUAACAGCGCAGCACAAUUCUCCAGAAGCAUGCUUCUGCUUGACUAAUGUGCUCCAAGAUGUAACAACAUGUAGCAAAAAAAGGCCAAAAAACAUUUCAGUAACGGAUAAAAACAAAUGAAAUUGCACAAAGAAAAAAAGAUUUGUAAUGCUUGAAAGCUUUUUAUUCAUUUUUAUUCCGUCUUUGCCCACGGCUUUGUUUGGUCUUUUGGGCUAUCUUAUCUUUUUCUUGUAUUUUGGAGUCAUGCUGUAAAAAAGUGUUACGGUCCAUAUUCUGUUCGUCCUUCCUCUCCAGUGCGGUCUUGAGGGUUGUGAUUGCCAUCACAGUUCUCAAGCGAUCAUUGUGACAAGUGCUUAAAGACAUAUCUCAUUUUACCAUGUAAAGUUUUGGCAGCGCAGUCCUCCUUUUGCCUUUCAUACUUCUCUAGAUUGCCUUUAUGUUUUCUGAUUUAUUCUUUUUUUUAUACAAAAGAAUUCAAGAAAAAUAUCCCAUUUAUUUGUAUUUUCCUUAUAAAUGGGAAAGAUUCUGACUUGUUCAUAAGUUGUAACCUUGUACAUUGGCAUGUGUGGAUGGUCUUGUUCAAUGACUAAAAUAUUGUUUUGGUUUUUUUUUCCCUGAGGAGAAAAAAAGUACUUACAUGUAUCUACUGUGCCACUAACACUGUGAAAUUAAAGCAGUUUAAAUGUUAAAAAAAAAAA